GUGAAACGCAUGACCCGAAAAAGUUGAUAACGAAACUCGAUCAUGACAAAUAAAAGUAGAGCAUUCCUGUGAAUAACCCUUGUGUCAACAUGAAGCUUUUUUUUGGGUCGUUGCUCUUGUCCUGCUUCUUCUUUAGCACACAGGCAGUUUCAUGUAAGUGCUUAAGCUACGCGAUGAAAGACAGUAAACCCAAGGAAUUGAUAGCAGAGUUUGUAUACCCUGUAGAUCUGGACUGUGGUGAUUGGACGGGAGAAUUCGAAUGCAACGACUUCUGUUUCGAUCUGUUUACAGAGAUCACGAACAAUGGUGAUCUAGAAAGUAUACCACCAGGCGAAGGAGAGACUUCGGUAGGACAGCAGGCAUGUGACACAAUACAGAAGGAUGUUGAGAAUGUUCGUAUCGGUAUCUUUUCCAAAGCAUGUGGUGGCGAUAUUUUGGACACUGGUCUUAGAUCCUUACAAAAUCUGUGUUGUAAAGAAGGCCAGUUUCAGUCUUGUUAAAAUUACCUAACUGGUAACUUUUCUUUGGCAAUAAUAAAAGUUUUAAAUGCCUCAUAUC